CGUUUGCUCUUCCGAGUCUUUGUAUAUUGCUGGAUUUUGGGUCGGCGUACGCAUUUACCGCUCUAUAGUCGCAUCCUCCCACGCUCGAGACUUGGUUUCCAACAAUGGCAGCGAAUCAAGCGGAUGUGGUCAAGGUGCUCAAGACGCCUGGCGGCAGUCUCCACCUUGAGACGAUUGAUGCAGAUUUGAAGGUCACCGAAGAUGGAGUUCUCAUUGAGGAUCGAGAGCACAAGGAAAAGGCAUUGGUGCGAAAGAUUGACAGCCGCAUGAUGCCAUUAAUGAUGCUGCUCUAUGUUCUCAACUAUAUCGACCGCAACAACAUCGCGACUGCGCGGCUCGGCAGCUUCGAGAAGGACAUUGGUCUUCACGGCACCCAAUACAAUACCGUCAUCAGCAUUUUCUUCGUCGGCUACAUCUUGACACAGAUCCCAACCAACAUGAUACUGAACAAAGUUCGCCCGUCUCUGUUCCUACCAGCUGUUAUGAUCUGCUGGGGCUCGGUCAGCGCGUGUACAGGCGCAGUGCAGAACUACUCUGGCAUGAUAGCCCUGCGGUUCAUGUUGGGAUUUGUUGAGGCGCCCUUCUUCCCCGGUGCCCUCUUUCUAUUCAGCUGUUGGUACACCAAAAAGGAGCUGGCCAAGCGUAUUUCCAUCCUUUUUGCGGCAGGACAGAUGGCUGGCGCCUUUAGUGGCUUUCUGGGCUCGGCCAUCAUGGGUGGCAUGAACGGGGUUGCGGGAAUCGCUGACUGGCGCUGGCUUUUCAUCAUUGAGGGUGUCAUGACCAUACCGGUUGCCUUUCUUACAUACUUUGUCGUUCCUGAUUACCCAACCAAUACCAAGUGGCUCAGCGAUGAGGAACGUGUUCUGGCUGUGUUGCGUAUUGCAGAGGAAGCAAACGAGGAAGAUGACCGAGAGGAAGUUUCGGCGUUCCAGGGCCUCAAACUUGCCUUUACCGACGUUAACCUGUACUUGAUCUGGAUGAUGCAGCUGGGCCUCAACACUGCUGCGGCUUUUACCAACUUUUUCCCUACCAUCGUCCAAACGCUGGGCUAUCCACAGCGCGAAACUCUCCUGCUCAGCUCGCCGCCGUAUGUCUUUGCUGCCAUCCUCGGCAUCAGCAACUCGUGGCACAGCGACGCCAAGCGCGAGCGGUGGCUGCACAUCCUGUGGCCGCAGGUUUUUGCCUGUGUUGGUUUCAUCAUCUCGGCCACGACUCUCAAUGUGGCGGCACGGUACACGGCCACUUUUAUGAUGAUGAGCAUCUAUGGCAGCUUCGGCGCGAUCCUGUCGUGGGUGUCGACCUCGCUGCCGCGCCCAUCGGCCAAGCGCGCCGUGGCCUAUGCCUUUGUCAACGCCAUGUCGAACCUCGCGUCAAUCUACGCCAGCUACUUUUACCCCGCAACCCAGGGUCCGCAGUACUGGCAGGCCAAUAUCGCAAACGUGGCCUUUAGCGGCAUGUGCAUUGCCAUGGCCACUGCGUUGAGGUUCUACCUAUCCUGGAGGAACAAGAAGCUGGACGACGCUAGCGCCGAGGACAUGGCCGCCGAAGGGACGGCCAACGGCACAAAGACCAAGGCGCUAGCAGCAAGAUGGCAGUGUCACCCCGAUUACCGUUAUACCCUCUGA